CAGGCCUCCUCCGCGCAGCCGGCCCUUUCAUUUGUCGACGGUGCGGUUUGCAGCGGAUGAGCUCAUGUAAUUUGUUCUGAUAAGAGGCAGAGCAAACAACUCAUCUCGGCUGCGUGUGUCGCGUCCUCCGAGAGUUCUCCGGAAUAAACAUCCAUUUCUUUUUUUCCUCUCUCUGCCGGAAUGGAUGGCCGGCCCUGCGGGAGCGACAUGAAGGAGCGGGGCAUCUCUCUGUAGCCAGACGCAGAUAGUCGGCUGCCGCUUCUCGGCGAUUGUUCUUGACAUUGUGGUGCAGCCGUCAGCGUUCAAAACGGACGGGCCGGUGGAGCACAGGGCUAAAAACCGGGGCAACAUGCGUGACAGGGACUUCGUGCCCAGCAUGGAGAGGGGCAAACCGGCCACUUACACUGGGGACAAAAAGGCAAAGAUGGCUGCGAAGACCAACAAGAAAUGGGUGAGACUGGCUACCGUAUUCGCCUAUGUGCUCUCCGUUUCGCUGGCUGCCAUAAUCCUGGCCAUUUACUACAGCCUCAUCUGGAAGCCGGUCAGGUCACAACAGGACAACGUCGGUGACAACACGGGGGUAACGGUGGCCCCCAACGGUACGGAGGCGAAUGCGACCUUCACCGAAGUAGAGCUGCUGCCGUCGGGAAACAGCACUGAUGCUACCACGGGCACAGUGGCAGAGGAGCAGCCCAUCAGGACAGUGACAGCCGCGGCACAGCAGGCUGACGGACACGGGGUAACCCCCAGCACGCAACAGAAGAGCGGUCUGUCAUCCCCGGGUGGCAGAGAGGAUGAGUCGGGGUCAGGAGGGAGAACUGUGACUCCUGCUUAGCCUGGCACCAGACCCCAGCACGCUUUCAGUUAGAUGGCAUGGGCACAACGCCCCAACGUGCCUCGCAUGUACCCCAGUUUGGGGCGAGGGACAGUCGCACGCGAAAAAGAAAUGCUAUUUUUGUAAACGAACUUUAUUAACUUGAAAGAUAUAUCAAUACAUGCAUAUAGGAUGCUACAGUUUAUUUUAAUUUCUUAUACAGUAUAAUUAACCAGGAUUCCACAGGAACCCCUUGUUGCGUUAACCUCAGGUAUGUGCAUAGAGAAAUAAAUACUAAUAAACCACAAUGUACGAUA